AUGGACGAUGAUUUUAUGGAUGAUCAAGAUUAUGGCUUGGAAUAUUCAGAUGAUUCAGCCAGUGAACCGGAUGUCGACUUGGAAAAUCAGUAUUAUAACGCAAAAGCGUUAAAAGCUGAGAAGGAAUUUGAUAGUGCUUUGAAAACUUUCAAACAUGUAUUGGAGCUAGAAAGUGAAAAAGGAGAAUGGGGUUUCAAAGCUCUCAAACAAAUGGUCAAGAUAACAUUUGCUGCCAAUCGUUAUGAUGAAAUGUUGAAGUAUUAUCGACAGUUACUUACUUACAUUAAGUCAGCCGUUACGAAGAACUAUUCAGAAAAGUCAAUAAAUUCAAUUUUGGACUACAUUUCGACAUCAAAACAAAUGGAUUUGUUGCAAAUAUUUUACGAAACAACAUUGGAUGCAUUAAAGGAUGCUAAGAAUGAACGAUUAUGGUUCAAGACGAACACAAAGCUUGGAAAGUUGUAUUUUGAUCAAAAAGAAUUUGGAAAGCUGGAGAAAAUUAUCAAACAGUUGAGAAAUUCUUGUAAGAAUGAACUCGGCGAAGAAGAUCAGAAAAAGGGUACCCAGUUGCUUGAAAUUUACGCCCUUGAAAUUCAGAUGUAUACGGAACAGAAGAAUAAUAAAGCUCUGAAGGCACUCUACGAGCAAAGUUUGCAUGUGAAAAGUGCAAUACCACAUCCACUUAUUAUGGGGGUCAUUCGCGAAUGUGGUGGAAAAAUGCAUCUACGAGAAAAGCAAUUUGAAAAAGCCCAUACCGAUUUCUUCGAAGCUUUUAAAAAUUAUGAUGAAAGUGGAUCGGAGCGAAGAAUUGCAUGCUUGAAAUAUUUGGUGCUUGCAAAUAUGCUAAUCAAAUCUGGAAUAAAUCCAUUUGACAGUCAAGAAGCAAAACCGUUCCGCAAUGAUCCUGAAAUAGUUGCAAUGAAUCAGCUUGUGAGUGCGUACCAAGACAAUAACUUGAUGCAGUUUGAGAGUAUUCUUGAAGAAAAUCGUGAUGCCAUUAUGGCUGACCCAUUCAUUCGCGAGCAUAUUGAAGAGCUGCUCACCAACAUUCGUUCGCAGGUAUUAAUAGGCCUUUGUGUGCCAUACUCUCGAAUUUACUUGUCGUUUCUUGCCGAAGAACUUCGUGUUAAAGUGGAAGAGGUUGUGGUACUUCUUGCAGAUUUGAUUCUCGAUGGUGCAUUGAAUGCAAAGAUUGAUGAAAUUAAUGGUGUUUUAAUAUCCGAAUCAACAAAUAAAGCAACACGGUGCGCAGCGAUUGCAAAAUGCGCGAAACAGUUAUCUUCACUUCACCUUUCAAUUGUAGACAGGUGCUCAUAA